AUGCUGGAACGUGACGUGUCAGGGCAUGAGCAUGUCCUGUACGUUCUGAACGGUUCCCGCGGCUCCCGGUCGCGCCAGAGUUCUGGUGCAGGGAUUGGGCGAGAUGGGCCAGUUGGGUCUGUCUCAGAACCUUUUGUUCAAGGCUUUGAUAGUUCAAGCAUGGGAGCUUUGACAGCGGAUCAGAAGAGGCAUCUUGCAACCUUGAGCACCGAUCUGCGUUUCCAGCUGGCCCAGGCUGAGGUCACGCCUGUUAAUCAGGCACGUUUGGGUGAGCUUGGCAUCCGAACUUUGGUUCUAUUUGCAGGUCUGGAUGAAUCUCGCGAGCGAGUCCGCGCGGCGCUCGCAAGUGAGCUCCCUCUUGACGUGCAAGCUUCUCUGGCCAACCGUCUCGAAAUGGUGAAUGAGAAGAACAGAGCCGAGUCACGUCUUGGAACUCAAAAUCGAUUGGUUCAGCCGAGUGAACAACAUUCCAUGCGCGUGGCGGUGGAGGCUGUCCUGGGUUCUUUGAAAGACAAGGAAGUUCCUUCGCGAUCGUUCUUGGCGACCAAGCUUGAACAGAUCGAGGCCAAUCAACCGGCGGUGGAGUGUCUCACUGAGGUGGCCUCGUUGGAGGAUUCCGAGCUUGAAAUGUAUUCAGCGGUGAUCGACCCUGCUACAAACGUCUUGAAGAUCAAAACUGGCAAGACGUUGACUUCAACCCCGCAGUCCCCCGAGGAGUUGCGUCUUCGUCACCGCAGGAUCGGUCUCGCCUGGGACAUGCUCGCGACUAAACAUUCCAAUCGCAAUUGGCUUUCAAAGAACAUGACUGACACUUUCAGGCGCUUCAGCGAUUAUGUUCUGGGCCAGCAGGUCGCCGGCCUUAUGGCAGGUGAUGGUCGACGCCCUACUUGGAACUUGGUUUUGCAGUUUGAGCAUGAAGCCCGCAAGGCCGCCUACAAGUGGUUGCGGGACGGCGAAGUCACGGACCUGGAGGCGGCUUUCAAGAGGGCUACUACGGAUACGGAAGUCUUGCAGCGUUACUUGGUGAUUCCCUUCUCCUUGAAUAUCACGGCUGCCUCGGUUGUGCAAGUGGACGUUCCUCCUCCUUCGGCUGCUGGUUCGGCAAAGCUCUUCGCACUCCGGAUGGCCAGCCUCUUUGCUGGCGGUACAAUCGCCAGGGUGGGUGCAAUGAUGCUAAUUGUCGCUUUGUCCAUGCCUGCCAGAGGGCGUGCUGAUCUCAGUGUGCUCUACCUCUUUGCUGGUGAACCACGCAAAGGGGAUAUUCGCAGCUGGUUGGAAAAAGAAUCGUCCGGCCGCAGUUUCCAUUUAGUGGAAAUUGAUGUUGCUCGCAAUACGUCACACAAUGUCUUGCACGACGAGUUCUGGGAGGACAUUCUUGAACAGGUCCGCUCCGAACAGUUUGACUUGAUUCUUUUGAGCCCGCCCUGCAACACCUACAGCAGGGCUUCUUUUUCGAAUUCACCAGGGUCCGUACCUCUGCGCAAUGCAGACUGGCCGGAAGGCUUUCCGUGGCUCACUGGCCGCCUGAAGGACAAGGCUCAGGCGGGAACGGAGUUGCUGCGGCGCGCCCUCGACUUGGCUGCCGUGGCUUCAGAAGUUGGGGUUCCUUGGUUGCUUGAGCAUCCAGAAUUUCUCGGUACCACACCCCGAGGCACGCCUGCCUCGGUCUGGACUUGGGCUUAUUCGCGAAAGUUCUUCGAACAGAAUGCUGUCGCGACUGUCGUUUUUCAUCAAUGCGCCUUUGGGGCCCCUUAUGCCAAGCCUACAAGGCUUGCAGGCACCUGGCCGAACCUGGGCACCCUGGGUUUUCGAGGGUGGCCUCAAUUAGAUCGCAAUGGUUGCUACCGGGGCCCUUUGCCCAAAUCUUGCGGUCAUGAUCACCCCCCUUUGCUUGGCUUUCUUGAGGACGGCACUUUUGCGACUGCACCUACAGCUGCUUAUCCUUCCGGCCUGUGCCGGGCUCUGGCGUUGCUGGCUUGGCAAGUGGAUGAUCCUUCCAGGUCCUCGGUGGGGGGGUCUUCUCUUCGGUCCCUGGAUACCACGGAGAAUGCUAACACUGGCGCUUUCUUGUCUGAUGUUGAAAAAGCAGCUGCUUCACUAUUGAUUCCCACCAGGGGAGAGAUCGUACAACUCUUCGAGCUCCUUCCGGGAGAUCCCCCGGCGAGGGGCGAGCCUGGCCCUGACUCGAAGUCCUUCACGGUGGGGGCUUUUUCAAGAGGAGGGGGUCUGGCUGGCAUUCGCUCCAACACUGACAAAUUUCCGGAGUUCACCAAGAUGCUUUGUCGUUUCAUCGAUGCACUGCAGCCGGGCUUCGAAUACACUGCAGCGGCCAUCUUUCGCAAUCUUCGGACGGCUCCACACAAGGACACCGGCAACUUGGAGGGCUCUUAUAAUCUUGUGAUUGGCCUUUCGUGUUUUUCUGGUGGCGAGGUGUGGGUUGCUUCGGGGUCGGGUUCGGUUGCUUGUCCUUUCGAGGGUUUUUCUGUGACGGGGGAUCUGCUUGAAGUUGCCUCCUCUUUCUCGAUUUUCAACCCCAGAGAUCUGCACUGCACAGCGAAGUGGAAGGGGACGAGGGUCGUCCUUGUGGCAUACACGCCAUUUCUUGGCGAGGCACUGACAGAGGAUCACCGUCGGCGCUUGGCUGCUUUGGGGUUUACGCUUCCGGGAUUUGUUGGGACUGACAAUGCGCCGCUACGAAACUUGGGCACGAACGAUGAUGCUGUGGGUACCGCUGAGUGGUGGCGGUCUUUGCCGGGCGAAGAAGCUGAACACCUUGAGGUGCAAGGAGGCGACGUGGGGGAUGACACUUGUGACGACCCUACGUCUGAUGAGGACGAAGAUGGUGUGAGAAAGCCACUCUAUGGGCAUGGCUGUCUGGGUCAGGGGCCUCCACUGCGGUCUCGACUUUCGGGCCGAGUGCGUUGGUUCUCAGAUGGACACGGACUGGCUUCACCAGGGCGCUGGCCUCCCCCGAAGAGGCCCACUGCUGCGUCACAUGGCUGUCUUUCGCUUCACAAAGAAAUCAUGGACGGUCUCCUGGCUUUACUGUCGCGUUCGCUGGACAUUAAGAAGGUCGUCUGCGCUUUGGCCACGGGGAGGCAGGGGUCAACCGCACAGAUCUCUGUGGUUCCUGACCGUCAGCCAUUUUUCCUUGGUGCCAUUGGCGAACUGCUGCGACUCGCUGGCGACCCAGACUGGAGGCGGUAUACCGAGGCGACGUGGUCUUUCGCUGCAGGGGUUCCUCUUGGGGUCGGAGUCCGGCUUCCCCGGACUCCGGCUCUGUUUGAACGCAAGCAUAAACAUCGUGCUUUUCCCGGGGUCGAUGAGCCGCUGCCCGACUUGCCGAGGGAGAAUUACCCCUCUGCGCAGGAGCAUGCUGAACGGGUUGAUUUUCAGUUUCAGAAGGAGAUCUCUUGUGGUGCAAUGGUCGAGAUGGACUUGGCCGAGGCGCAGGAAGAAUUCGGCGAGGCCCUGAGUAUUGCUUCGCUUGGUGCGCUUCUCAAGCCGGAUGAUUCUGUUCGAGUCUUGCACGACGGAACGCAUGGUGUGCACUUAAACGACUCGAUCAAAGUACGGGAUGCACAAUCGUAUCCUACUGGGGGCGAUCUCUCGGUGGCACUUGAAGAACUGCCGGCCGCAUACUUUUCUCUCUCAGGAGAUAUCUCUCGUGCGCAUCGUUUAGUAAAGGUGAGGCGGGCCGAUUGGGCCAGGCAGGCCUGUCGGGCAUCACGUCAUGACAAAGUUUACCUCAACGCUGUUGGAACCUUUGGCGUUUCAUCUGCGAGCUACUGGUGGUAUCGCUUGUUUUCUGGGUUGGGACGUUUGCUGUACUACUGCCAUGGGGUUGAUGAAACGACGCUCCUAUCUUACGUGGACGACUUACUGUGGAUUACCCAGUCUUCGGAUGGCUUGGCGCGCAUCCUGGCAUCGAUCCUUUUACUUGAGAUUCUCGGCGUGCCUUGGGCUUGGCAUAAGUUCAAAGGGGGAACGGAGCAUUGCUGGAUUGGAUUUUCGAUCUUUGCGCACAAGAGACUUCUGGGCUUUUCUCAGGCCCGGUGUGACUGGGCAGUGAAUUGGAUACAACGUGUCAGGGCUGACGGCUUCGUUAAGAUUGCGGACUUGGAGGCGGUCAUAGGACGCCUUUCGUUUGGCUUCACUGUUUUACCACUAUUGCGCCCUUUUCUGGGGCCGCUCUAUGCGUGGGUGAGUGCAGUGAGGCAUUGCCAUACUUUGCGGCUCCCGAAAGCUGUAGCUAUGAUUUUGGCGUUCAUCGAGAAGGUGCUUCUUCAAGGGUUCCGUACAAUCACUGUGCCUCGGGCCAAAUCUGUCCCUCAGGAACUCUUUCGCACUGAUGCAAAGGCAGAGGGUUCGGAGAUGUGGUUGGGAGGUUGGGCCUGCAGUGAUGCUUCAACGCCUUGGGGGUGCAGGUGGUUUGCUGAGAAAGUCCAGCAUACUGACGCUCCUUGGUUUUAUCAGGCUGGCCAGUCAUACCGCUCCAUCGCUGCACUAGAGCUUUUGUCGACGUUGGUUGCUGUCCACUUGUUUGCACCUUUGCAACCGACGAGCGCGACUUUUACCUGUUCCGCCGCGACAGACAAUCGCGGCAACAGUUUCUUGACAUCACGGUGGCUCACUACUUCCUUUCCUUUAUGCGUGGUGCUCAUGGAUUUGGCGGCAGUUCUUCAGUCCAAGUCGCUCAUGCUGGAUUUGCACUGGGCCCCUAGAUUUCAGAACACUUUGGCAGACUCUCUUACGAAUCAAGACUUUAAAGACUUCGACCCGUCCAAAAGGGUUCGCUUCGAUGUAUCUCAAUACCGUGGUUUGGUGCUGCGUGAACUUCUAGAGUCUGGCGCCGAACUUUACACUGAGCUUGCAUCUUGGAAGAAGCGAAAGGGUGGCAUUUUGCCACAGAAGAAAUCGAAGACAGAGAAGCUGGCUGCAACCGACCCGUGGAGAUGA